GAGAAGGAGUUGCUGAGCACCGGGCACUGCAGCGUCCGCUGCCCCAAGACUGCAAAGGCUGCCGCAGGCCCCCCUCUUGGGCUCGUCCGUCCCCGGUCGGGGUUUCCUUUGGACGCCGCUCCGCCUUGCCCUCCUCCUCCUUCGGCUGCUGGGGCUGCCCGCGAGAAGGCGCCGGCGGGGAGACGCGCGGAGGGGCGGAGAGAAGAGAGCUGCAAGAGGAGGAGGAGGAGGAGAUCGCGGCGCUUCCAGCCUCUCCUCUCCUCUCUCUCUCUCUCUCCGUCUACGGGCGAGGAAACAAAACAAGCGCGGCUCCGUCCGGCGGGCCGGGAGGCAGAUCAAAGCGGGCCGGGCGAAGGGCGGACACGUCCCGAGGGAGCCGGCGACUCCCAGGGCUGAAGAAGAAGAAGAAGAGGAGGAGGAAGAAGAGAAGGGGGCGCCCCGGCGGAGGAGGCACGCGCGCCUACCCCGUCCUCCCUCCUCGGAGGAGACCCCGGCUAGCGGAGAAGGCGACGGGACUCCGGCCCGGAGAAGCUCUAGGAGACUGCUGGGCAGCCUGUUGGUGGCCCUUGGAUACCGGGCGUCGGGUUUGGCCCCACCACCCAAGGGGGCUUUUUCGAUCUGUUGCCUCUUUCGGUGGGCUUCUUUUUUUUGUGCGUGUGAAACAGGUAGAUUUUGCCUCGAUCCCCAAGAUUUGAUCCUGAGCGAUCUCUCGGACUUCUUUUUCUUUUAUUUUUUGGGCUUGGUUUUUUUCCCCCCCCCUGGGUUUUUUUUUGGAGGGGGUCUCGAUCUCCUUGGAUCGCCGCCGAGGAUCUAACGACCGAGGGUUGAGGACGGGCGGGAAGGGUUCGGAAGAGAACCCCCGCCGGGCACGAUCUGAGCCCCCCGCUUCGGUUUGGCGACCCAACCACCCACCGAGGAGUCCCGGCUUGGCAUGCCGGUUUUUCCCGGGCGGGCGGAUCCCGAGCUUCUCCGCCGCCGCGUUUCGGGGUCUGCUGUUCCGGGCGCCCCCUUCCCAUAAACUGCCGCCCUCGGCGGCGGCUUUGAGAAGGGGAAGGGGCGCCUUCCAACCGAGCCUCCGCUAAGAGACCGGCGCAUGCUGCACUUCGCUUUGGGUCUCGCUCCAGCAGCAGCCGCGCCGUCUCCGCAGCCCCUGUCGCCCCCUCCGCCGCCCGCCAGCUCCCUCUUCGUCCCGAUCAUUUCAGGCUCCUUCUCCUGGCUGCCUGGACUCGGCUCCCGACUCCUUCAUGAAUUGCGGACGACAUGCCCGUUUCUUAGCCGGGGAGCCUUCUUCUCGUCCCGCAUGUUCAGGACCAAACGAUCGGUGCUCGUCCGAAGACUCUGGCGGAGCCGGGCGCCCGGCGGGGAGGAAGGCGCCGGCGAGGUCGCAGAAGGCGCUGCGGACGGGCGGCCUCAUGGGGCCGGCGGAGGAGGAGGCGGGAGCCGGAUUUGCUGCUUGGGCAAGCCGGGGAAAGCGGCCAAGGCGCACGGCGGAUCGGAGGCUGAACUAAAAGCUCUGGCCCACUCGGUGCUGAAGCGGCUGAAGGAGAAGCACCUGGAGACCCUGCUCCAAGCCGUCGAAUCCCGCGGGGGCACCCGGACCUCCUGCCUCCUGCUGCCCACCAAGGUGGACUCCAAACUGGGCCAGCAUUGGUACUCUCUCCCGCUGCUCCUCUGCAAAAUCUUCCGAUGGCCCGAUCUCCGGCCUGGCUCGGAAGUCAAGCGGCUUUGUGGCUGUGAAUCUUACGGGAAAACUCACCUGGACUUAGCCUGCUGCAACCCCUAUCACCUGAGCAGACUCUGCGAGCUAGAGUCUCCCCCUCCUCCUUACUCCAGAUACCCAAUGGAUUUUCUCAAACCAACGGCGAGUUGUCCAGAGUCUGUGCCUUCUUCCACCGAAACGAGGGGAACUAAUUUUCUGGCCCCUGAGGGGCUCGCAGAUUCUCAAGUUCUACAGGAACCCGGGGAUCUCUCACACUGGUGCGUGGUGGCCUAUUGGGAAGAAAAGACUCGGGUGGGACGCCUGUAUUCGGUCCAAGAACCUUCCCUGGAUAUCUUUUACGAUCUACCUCAGGGGAACGGCUUCUGUCUCGGACAGCUCAAUUCGGACAAUAAAAACCAUCUGGUGCAGAAGGUCCGUGCCAAGAUCGGUUACGGCAUCCAGUUGAGCAAGGAAGUCGACGGCGUAUGGCUUUACAACCGCAGCAGUUACCCGAUUUUUAUCAAGUCGGCCACACUGGACAACCCGGAUUCCAGGACGUUGUUGGUUCACAAAGUGUUUCCGGGCUUUUCCAUCAAAGCGUUCGAUUACGAGAAAGCGUACAGCUUGCAGCGGCCCAACGACCACGAAUUCAUGCAGCAACCUUGGACGGGUUUCACGGUGCAGAUCAGCUUCGUGAAAGGUUGGGGCCAGUGCUACACCAGACAGUUCAUCAGCAGUUGUCCGUGCUGGCUGGAGAUUAUUUUUAAUAACCGAUGACUUCGAGGCGACUCAACCGCAGGCCUUUCCCGAGCUUGCCGUCUUGAAGGGAGUGGUGUGUGUGUGGACUUCAACUCCCAGAAUUCCCCAGCCAGCAAGGGAAUUCUGGGAACUGUAGUCCACCCUUCUUCCACGGUGUCCGCACUUGGGAAUCGCUGCUCAACCAGUGACAUUUUAUAAUGACUUUGCUGCUAAAACGUUUCCUUUUGAGUGCUUGCUAUGGUGUGCAAACGUUUUCUGUUUGUUUGUUCUGUUUUGAGAAAUAGCUUAUGGGAAGAUUUCUCUUUUCUUUCUUUUUUCUUUGUUU